AUGAUUCCUUUCCCUCAAAAACUGAUAUCCUCUCAGAAGGAUGAAGAGUUCAACCAAUUCCUGAAGAAGAUCAAGGAAAUUUGCAUAGAAGUACCACUAAUAGAUGCACUGCUCCAAAUGUCGAUGUUCGCAAAGUUCUUGAAGGGUAUUUUAUCUAAUAGAAGGCAAAAGGGCGACUUCAAGACCGUAGUAUUAACAAAGAAUUGCAAUGCUCUACUUAUGGAAAAUACUCCACCAAAACUUCAGGAUCAGGAAGUUUCUCCAUACCAUGCAGAAUUGGUUCUGAACUCAUACCGAAAGCUUUCUGCGACUUGGGGGUUAGCAUGCCCCAUGGGAAUAGUGGAAGACAUGCCAGUAGAAGUGGAUGGAUGUAUCGUUCCCACAGAUUUCAUUAUAUUGAAUAUGGAGGAAGAUCCCAAGAUACCGAUCAUCCUUAGAAGACCAUUCCUUACCACAGCUGGAGCCAUCAUUGAUGUAAAAAGUCACAGGUUAUCCUUGGAGAUUGGCAAAGAAAAGAUUGAGUUUGAUUUAUCUGAUUCCUCCAUCAGCAACCCCUCUUCUCAAGGAUGUGCAAAGCCUCCACGAGCUGGCUGUGAGCAUUUCAUGGGUGUGGAGGCGUUAGAGGAACCGAAAGAGCGAAAGAUAAAGGAAAGAGAAAGCUCGAGUAGGACGGAGCAGCAAGAGCAAUGUUUGAUGGUAUGGGUGACGGAACAAUGGGAAGCGAUCCUGGAAUUUUUUGGUAGUAGUUGA